AUGACCUUCUUCUUAGGUGUUUCCACCUUCUUUGGAGUUGUUGUGAUUCUCUUGAUUCUGAGGGAUCUGCUCCUCUUCAAUGGCUUAUCUACUUCCUUUCUGACCAGUAUGUCCACUGAAUUCACCUUUUUAAGGCCUUUUUUUGCACUCCAUAUCCUGGGCUUCUCCAUAGAACAGGACCCUAGUUACUAUUUAUUUGUUUUUUGGAGGGAAUAUCUUUAUGGGUACUGUUCUCCGUACAAUACAGAUACCCGGGAGAUAUGGCCGGAGAAUAUGAUUGGCCUGGAUACUUCACCCAUGGAACAGAGGAUUGAAAUAAGCCUGGCACCGAUGAUGGGUGUCACAACACCUCAUUACCGAAGAUUCAUUAGACUGACGUCAGAGACAACUGUUCUAUUUACAGAGAUGAUUGUAUCCAAUACGGUGAUUCAUAUUCCAAGAGACAAGCUAAAGGAAAAACUUGGGGAAUAUGACGACAAGACGGUUGUACAGAUAGGGGGAAGUGAUCCAGUGCAGAUAAUAGAGGCGGUUCGGAUUAUUCAAAGCCUUGGGUAUAAGAUGUUCAACCUUAACUGCGGGUGCCCUAGCUCUAGAGUGAAAAAGGGAAGUUUUGGGGCAGUUCUCAUGCUUAACAAGGAGCUUGUUGCAGAGAUAAUCAACCGGGUGUACAAAGAGACUGGAGAGGUUCUAAGCCUUAAGAUUAGAACAGGUGUUGACGAUGAAGACGGGAUAGGCUUUCUGAGUGGAUUUGUAGGUUACAUCAGGAAGAAUACACCGAACAGGACAUUUUAUAUCCAUGCACGCAAAUGCUGGCUGGAAGGGCUCUCUCCUGGGCAGAACAGAAAACUGCCGCCUCUGGAUUAUGAUAGUGUGUAUGAGAUUAAGAAGCUCUAUCCUGAGCUUAAGAUUAUUCUUAAUGGAUCCAUUAGUGAAAAUAACUUAGAUAGGGUAAGUGGUCUGGAUGGGGCGAUGAUAGGGAGAGAAGCAAUCCGAAAUGCCUUCGUCUUCUGGGAUAUUGACCAGCAGUUACAUGGGGGACAGGGAGUAGAAAUGUGGAAUGGUAGUAAAGAGACAUGCCCCCUGGAUAGCAGCAUGAGAAGAAUUGAAUGUAAUGAAGAUCAUAAGAGCAAAAGGGUCCAAAAGAUCCACUCUGUUGUCAAGCAAUACUUUGAAGGGUUCUCUCCUUCUAUUCAACUGAAGCCUGCUCAUAUUUUGCCAGUAAUGAAUCUCGUGAGAGGGAAGAAAGGCUGCAAAGCAUACAGAAGGAAACUCAAUUCUGCACUCAUUCACCAGAUAAGGCCCUCCGAAGUAUAUCCACUGAUAAUGGAACAUUUUGGAUGA